AUCCCAGCAGGCAGUGCAGCCUAGAGACGCUGACAAAGGAGCGGAGGGGCAGUCGCAGCUGCUUUCCGAGGAGCUGGGGUUGCCGAGAUUGCCAAAAUGCUUUGGAGUUUUUAACUAACUGACUUAAGAAAAGUCCAAAAUAGAUUUGAGACUGUAAAAACAGAAGCUGCAGCAAGGGGGAUUCAGUGCCAAUGCAUCAACAAAAAAGACAGCCAGAGUUAGUGGAAGGAAAUCUUCCUGUUUUUGUGUUUCCCACGGAGCUAAUAUUUUAUGCAGAUGACCAGUCAACACAUAAGCAAGUGUUGACUCUGUAUAAUCCCUAUGAGUUUGCCUUAAAGUUCAAAGUUUUGUGUACUACUCCAAAUAAGUAUGUUGUCGCUGAUGCUGCAGGUGCAGUAAAGCCUCAGUGUUGUGUGGAUAUUGUGAUUCGUCAUAGAGAUGUUCAAUCCUGUCACUAUGGCGUAAAAGACAAGUUCCGCCUUCAAGUUUCCGAGCAAAGCCAGAGGAAGGCUUUAGGAAGGAAAGAGGUUGUGGCUCUUCUUCUCCCAUCUGCCAAAGAACAACAAAAGGAAGAAGACGAAAAAAGGAUAAAGGAACAUUUAACCGAAAGUUUAUUUUUUGAGCAGUCCUUUCAACCAGAGAACAGAGCUGUGUCCUCGGGACCUAGCUUCCUAACUGUCUUCCUGGGAGUGGUGUGCAUUGCAGCUUUGAUGCUUCCCACACUGGGGGAUGCGGGAUCGCUGGUGCCCCUCUACCUCCACUUAAGUGUGAAUCAGAAGUUAGUGGCCGCUUAUAUCUUAGGUCUCAUCACAGUGGCUAUACUUAGAACAUGAGCAAGGAAUUCAGUUGACUUCUGAAGUAAAUUUAUCUCGCAAAUAUGAAUGUGGACUGCCUUUUAUCUCUCACUCCAUUAACAUGCUACAAACUAUUGAAUGAUUUACAGUAAUUGCAAAAGUAUAAUAUAUAUUUUAAAUUACUCUAUAAUUUUAUUGGAAAGACUGCAAUACAUUAUGUUACAGACAGCAAGGAUGCUUCUGAGCGACGCCUAGGAAAUUAUUUGAAGAAAUUCUUUUUAUAUCUAAAGCUGUUAUGCAAAAGACUUUAACUAAAACAUCUAUUUUCUCAUUUUUUUUUUCUAAUUCACUUUGAUUCUUAAGGUCAUAUGUCCUUCCAAGUGAAAGGCCUGAAAGAGCAAACUGACCAGCCUAAACAUGAAAUGACAUUUAUUUCCCUAACUACAAACAGCAAUGUUACUAUGUAAAUGAUACCUUGUCCUCUGUCAUUAUAAGCAGUUGCCAUGGUGUUUUUAAAAAUAAGUGUUACAGUUA